ACGAGUACAGAAUCUAAUGGAUUCAAGUUCAACUCGUAUAAAAUGCCAAAGCCUGCUUUGAGUACAUCGCUAAACAAAACGAAGUUGAAGUACGCUGCACUACAGAACGAAGGUCGCUGACAUGGCGGUGCAUCGCGAUGGUUUGAUAGACGAGGAAGAGAACGAAGAAGACAAUGCUCUUUUUUCAGAGGAUGGUUUGACCGACCUCGAUUCUGAUACUCCACCUCAUCUCCGGGACAUUGCCGUCGCCGCUCAGGUCGGCGAUGUCGACGCCCUUCGCCGAGCUCUGGAUAAUUUGAAUGGAAGCAUUGACGAGGCAGUAGAGGAUGGGGACACAGCACUUCAUCUGGUCUGUCUCUAUGGUUAUUUACCCUGUGUCCAGCUACUCGUGGAAAGGGGAGCAAAUUUGGAGGUUAAGGAUGAAGAUGGGGCAAUUCCUUUGCAUGAUGCUUGUGCAGGGGGUUUUCUAGAGAUAGUCCAGUUGCUGCUGAAUAGUGCCAAUAGCACAGAGACUGUCAGAAGAAUGUUAGAAACAGUUGAUGCUGAGGGUGAUACUCCUCUUCACCAUGCAGCAAGAGGUGAACACGUGGAUGUUAUAAGAUUACUUCUGGCUUCUGGAGCUUCUGUGACAACAACAAACCUAUACGGAAAGAACCCAAGUGAGCUACCAGAUCCAGACACAGACGCAAGGAGAAUUUUGGAAUCUGCUGCUAGGUCUGUUCUAUCCCAGUAGGUUAUAACUUGGGCGCAUUCCCCUCUACGGUGGACAUGCUUCACCUUAAGAGUGAGACUUCUUGUGGUGAUCAGCACCCUUGGAUACUUUUAGUAGAUUGCUCUUUUUAAGCCGAUGGUUUUAUUGGCUUCUCUUGUAGAGUUAGGCAACACCAUAAAAAUGUUUAAGAUGUUAUUCUACCAUUUUUAGAAUAUGAAAAUUUUUUUUCAGUUAAAAAGAAUUUUUCUUUCGUAUUGCAUA